ACAAAUGAUAAAAGAUAGGAAUUCAUGAGUUGUUGGAAAGAAAGUUGAAUUCCUAUAGUACAAUCUUUGCAACCGUAAACUCCCGCCAAUACUGAGGAGGUGGUAAACAGCUAACGGCAGUAAACGAUCAGCGUUGGCUAUUAUACGCCAUCCGGCGUAAUGCGCAUAUCCCUGACGAUAGAGAAGCAAUUUCGAAUCGCCAAAACCUGCAACUAUGUCCCACCCACUCUCUCUCAUCACCUUUCUCUCUCUACUCUUCAUCCUCUCCCCUGCCGCCGCCACCACAAUUGGCGUCACAUACAUCUCAUCUCCGGGUCUUCCUCCACCGGAAGACGUUGUUGCCAUACUCCAAUCCCUAAAGAUCACCGCCGUCCGCCUCCCUGUUCCUGACCCUAACAUCAUCCGAGUUUUCUCCUAUACAAACAUAUCUCUCUUCCUAGCUAUUCCUAAUUCACUCAUUUCUUCCAUCUCCGCCAACCGCUCGGCGGCUUAUCGGUGGCUCUACGAUCACGUAAUUCCGUUCUAUCCACGUGCGCACAUCACCGCCAUAUCCGUAGGAACCAAUGUCCUCGCUGAGGGCGAUGUUACCUCCGCCGAUCUCGUCAUCCCUGCUAUUCAUAACAUCCAUCGAUCUCUCAUUGACAUGGGGAUCCGGCAAAUCAUGAUCUCCACAACUUUCUCCUUCGUCAACAUUAUGACAACAUCGUUUCCGCCUUCCUCCGCUGAGUUCCAAGAACCUGCCAGUAAUCUCAUCAUCAAACCCUUACUCGAUUACUUGACGGAAACAAACUCUUCGUUCUUUGUGAGUUUGUACCCCUACUCUGUCUACAAAUUACGACCGGAGAUCCCUAUCGGGUUCUCUCUGUUUCAAGAACACGCUUAUAACUUCAGAGAGGACACAAUCACCGGCGUCAGAUACCGCAACUUGUUCGAUCUGAUGGUGGAUGCUGUUAUUGCAGCGAUGGCUGUUGCUGGACACGAGAAUAUUCCGGUGAUUGUGGCCGAGACAGGUUGGCCGUGCUUCGAUCCCUUCAAUUCAGUAGAGGCGCGAGACGUUUACUCUAAAAUGUACUUACAAGGUUUGGUUAAGCAUCUCCGAUCAGGCAAAGGGACGCCGCUAAGGAAAGAAGGGGUGACGGAGGUUUACAUUUACGAGCUGUUUGAUACCAACGACACUGCAACCAAGGGUUUGAAGAGUGAUGGGACAGGGCAAAAAUGGGGGAUUUGUUACCCCAACAUGAGUACUAAGUUCGAAGUUAAGUUCUCCGACGGUGGCUCCACCAUGAUGAUAUCGGUGCUGAUCAUAGUUAUGAAGUUCCUAUUACUGAUAAAUGGUCUUCUAAUCUCUUGCUGAAUCGGGUUAGAAUUUUUGAUUGAUUUGACUUUUGAGUAGAUUAGCUUUCAUAUGAUAGACUGCUUAAGGGAGAUGUCGCUCUUAAUC